AUGCUGUCGCCUCUACCUCGUACGCCGGGUAUCCAUCGCUCUUCUUUCUCCUAUGAUACAGAAAUCUCACUCGAAUACCAACGUGACAGAACCUUGCGUAGUGAACUAAAAGAGGCACGUGAAGAGAAACAAGCCUGCUGGCUCUUUGCUCUUGUGGGUGUGGGUUAUCUCUUUCCAUUCUCAGCACUGACACAACCCGUGGAUUAUUGGAAGAUGCUUUUUCCAGACUUUAACAUUGAAUUUGCUCUCACUUCGACUUUUAUGUAUACAAACUUAUUUUUCUUGUUGAUUAUCGUCCUUUUCUGUGGUCAACCUUCGUACAAGAAUCGUAUUAUUGGUGGCUUUAUCGGACAAUUUCUUGUACUGGUCUUUGUGCCUACAUCUUACUUCUUUUUUUCAUCCGAGAAUGCAAAUAUAAUUGCAGUCUUGGGUGGUACAGCUGUAGCAUCAAUUGCCACUGCAUUCAUUGAUAGUUCCACCAUUGCGCUUGUAUCGCAUUAUCCCCAAAAUGUACAAGAAAGUUUCCAAUUGGGUGUUGGACUCAGCACUCUCAUUGGCAGUCUGUACCGGGACUUAACUAAACUCGUCUUUCCAGCUGACCAACUGCUAGCCUCGUCGCUCAUCUACUUUUAUACUGGAGCACUUACAAUCACUUUCUGCAUUGGCGCAUUUCACAAGGUCAUAAAACUCAAGAUCACCAAGAAAUACUUGCUACGACAAGCUGAUAGUAGCGUGGAGCUUACGGAACGUUCACUGCUACUGGAGGAAAGACAACAAUUAGGAUGUGACCCGCUUAGUAUCCCUGGUCCUGCACCUACGAAAUGGACUGUGCUGAAAAAAGUAUGGCACUUGGAGGUACUGAUUCUGGCAGUUUUUCUCGCUAGUCUGUCAGUGUGGCCACCACUUGUUACGGAGAUCAAGACGUACAACUUUCCGUCGCUUCAAGAGAGUGGUUGGUGGUCGUUGAUAUUACUCACACUCUUUUCCGUUAGUGACUGUAUUGGACGUUUCGUUGUCAACCAUCGUUUCGGUCUCACACCCGGCAAUAUAUGGAUUCCAAUCAUGGCGCGUUUUAUCUUCGUCCCGAUCAUUAUUGGCAUUGUCAAAGGAUGGUGGCUUCAGAGCGACAUUUGGUCUGUGCUUAUUGUGUUGGGACAUGGAUUUGGAAAUGGUUAUUUGGGCACGUUGACUAUCAUCUUCGUGAGCGAAAGUGUCCAUACGGAUGAGCAGCACCUUAUUGGCCCCUUUACAAGUUUCUUUUUGAAUUCUGGUCUCGUGCUUGGAUCGACAGUAGGCCUCAUCAUGGAAAUGGUUGUGCUGGGAUAG